AUGAUGCAGCUACGAGAUUUUGAGAAGCUUCCGGCCCACAAAGAGCACAGCUACGAGGACGACACCACUGAGCCUAGCAGUGGCUCAGAGACAGGUUCCGAGCGCCUAAGGCGCAAUUCUCAAGGUUCAAGCCAGGUCGACUUUGCAGUUACGACGAUGGCAGUUAGCGGGAGGCCGCGAGGGAUGCCGCCACCACCACCUCUCGAGCGCCCGACAGUGCCGAAGCAGGUGGAUCCUUCCGCAGGUGGCCCACCAUCUUGGUGUCCAGGAGAGCCUGUUCCCUCAGCCAAGAGCAUCGGAUCACCACCAGGAUUGUUUCCGGCUGCGGCUCGCAACAUGAAUAUGCAGCGCACUUCCAUGAGACAGCCUAUCAGCAGCAGGGGCCAAUCUUUGGAGGGACUACCUGUCAAAGUGCCUCUGCCACAGGAAGCCCGCCUUGAUCCGCACUGCCAAGCCUUGUUGCUGACGGAUACCCCGGCAAAGGUGCGACCGAUGCGUCAAGUCGACCCUGUGACCAUGGCCCCUCCGCUGCUGAGCACCUGUGCUCCACGUUGA